UACCACGGACAAAAAGCUCCCAGAGACAGAGCUGCGAGGCUGCGGGUCGCAGCGAAGCCCCAGAAGGCGCUCAUCAAACACGUCCCCGGCUGGAAAAGUCACAUUUACGGACAGCUGGAGUGAAAAAGGCUCAUUUACAGCGUUAUUUUGGUGCCAACACAGAAAAGGGGGGCCACGGGGAGGGGGUGGCGCGUCUGAGCCAGAGAUCCUAUUACAGACAUCCAGAGUUUUUCAUGGACUUUUUUUGGAAGUGGGGGGAGGGCGAAUCCGCCACUUUCUCGGCCUGAUGUCUUUUUCAUACGCGGCCCGAGCGCGUCAAAUUGAGCUUUACGCCACUUUUGGCUGAUUACGGGAUCAUCCGCUGCCGCUUUUCUACGCUCGAGCGCGGUUUUGGGGGGCGCAGAGUUUGGGUGAUGAAGGAGUCCGGGAGGAUCCCGCAAGGAGACGAGCCGUGCAGAGUGAAAAAGUUCGGGGGAGCUGCGAGGAAACUUUGAAGCGAGCCGGAGCGUUCUUUGGGUCCGCAAUGCCGCGUUGGGUUCUUGCAUCGAAUGAAAACGGCCAAAGACGCCCGUCGACGCACUAGAACACGAAGCAGCGCGAUCUGAUCUUCGCUCGGCGACCUCUCCCUCUUCCAAGAUGUCUUCCCGCAGCCGGAGCCCCAUUGUUGGACUUUACGGGAUGCUCCGCGUCCUGGCCGCGCUGCUUCCGGGACCCGGCGCGGCGCUGUCCCCGAACGGAACCGCGUUCGAGGACCACUGCAAGAAGACGACGACGUGCGAGGCGCUCAAGUACAACACGUGCCUGGGGUCGCCGCUGCCCUACACGCACACGUCCCUGGUGCUGGCCGAGGACUCCGGCACCCAGGAGGAGGCUUUCGAGAAGCUGACCAUGUGGUCGGGUCUGCGCAACGCCCCCCGCUGCUGGUCCGUCAUCCAGCCGCUGCUCUGCGCCAUCUACAUGCCCAAGUGUGAGAACGGCCACGUGGAGCUGCCCGGCCAGAGCCUGUGCCUGGCCACGCGCCGGCCCUGCAGCAUCGUGGACCAGGAGAGAGGCUGGCCCGCCUUCCUCAAGUGCGACAAGUUCCCCGUGGGCUGCUCGAACGAGGUCCAGAAGCUCAAGUUCAACACGUCCGGCCAGUGUGAGGCUCCGCUGGUCAAGACCGACAUCCAGUCCAGCUGGUACAAGGACGUGGAGGGCUGCGGGAUCCAGUGCGACAACCCGCUGUUCACGGAGGAGGAGCACGGCGACAUGCACGCCUACAUCGCCUACUUCGGCACCAUCACCCUCCUCUGCACCUUCUUCACGCUGGCCACCUUCCUGGCGGACUGGAAGAACUCCAACCGCUACCCGGCCGUGAUCCUCUUCUACAUCAACGCCUGCUUCUUCGUGGGCAGCAUCGGCUGGCUGGCCCAGUUCCUGGACGGCGCCCGCGAGGAGAUCGUGUGCAAGAGCGACAACACCAUGCGCCUCGGGGAGCCCUCGUCGUCGGAGACGCUGUCGUGCGUCACCAUCUUCAUCAUCGUCUACUACUCCCUGAUGUCGGGCGUGAUCUGGUUCGUGAUGCUGACCUACGCCUGGCACACGUCCUUCAAGGCGCUGGGCACCACGCACCAGCCGCUGUCGGGCAGAACCUCCUACUUCCACAUGGUCACCUGGUCCAUCCCCUUCGUCCUCACCGUGGCCAUCCUGGCCAUCGCCGAGGUGGAUGGCGACUCGGUGAGCGGGAUCUGCUUCGUGGGCUACAAGAACUACAGGUACCGCGCCGGGUUCGUGCUGGCCCCCAUCGGCGUGGUGCUGGUGGUCGGCGGCUACUUCCUCAUCCGAGGCGUCAUGACCUUGUUUUCCAUCAAGAGCAACCACCCGGGACUCCUGAGCGAGAAGGCAGCGAGCAAGAUCAACGAGACCAUGCUGAGGCUCGGUAGGUUCUGGCGCUUAGAAGAAGGAGGGUUCUACACCGUCCGCCUUCACCUUGUCACGUUUCCCUCCGCAGGCAUUUUUGGGUUCCUGGCUUUCGGCUUCGUUUUCAUCACCUUCGGCUGCCACUUCUACGACUUCUUCAACCAGGCCGAGUGGGAGAGGAGCUUCAGAGAAUACGUGCUGUGCGAAGCUAACGUGACUAUCGCCUCUCAGACCAACAAGCCCAUCCCAGAAUGCACCAUUAAGAACCGGCCCAGCCUCAUGGUGGAGAAAAUCAACCUGUUCUCCAUGUUCGGGACAGGGAUCGCCAUGAGCACCUGGGUCUGGACCAAAGCCACCAUCCUCAUUUGGAAACGCACCUGGUGCAAGAUCAUUGGCCGGAGCGACAACGAACCCAAAAGGAUCAAGAAGAGCAAGAUGAUUGCCAAGGCAUUUGCCAUGAGGAAGGAGCUGCACAAGGACCCGGAGAAGGAGCUGUCCUUCAGCAUGCACACGGUGUCCCACGAAGGGCCUGUGGCUGGAAUCAACUUUGACCUAAACGAGCCAUCUAACGACAUGUCAUCCGCCUGGGCGCAGCACGUGACCAAGAUGGUGGCGAGGCGAGGCGCCAUCCUGCCCCAGGACGUUUCUGUCACGCCCACUGGAACACCAGUGCCUCCUCCAGAGGAACGAAACAGGCUGUGGAUGGUGGAGGCCGAAAUCUCGCCGGAGAUGAUAAAGAGGAAAAAGAAGAAGAAGAGGAAGAAGGAGGUCCGCCCGGCGGAGGAGCCCGGCCCGGCGCCGGACCGCCAGCCUCACCAGCCGCGUGAGUUUGGACGCAGCGCCGUGCCCCAUCUGCCCAAGCUGCCGUGCCACCCCAGCCUGGUGGCCAACCUGCGGGAGCAGCAGCGGCUGCAGCGGCACGCGGAGGAGGAGGCGCUGCCCGGAUCCUACCCAGAAUUCCCGCGCUCACACCCGCCGCCCUGCGAGGAGCGGCGCCGCUACCCGGCCGAGUGGGGCGGCCCCGAGCGCGGCCCGCUGUCCGAGCCCAUCCUGGGCGAGCGGCCGGGGGACCUGGGCCUCGGCCCGCGCUGCCCCCCCCCGGGGUCCACGUGGCAGCGCGGGGGGUCCUCCCGCUGCCCGGGGGACCUGACGGACGGGCUGUCGGAGAGGAUGGCCCACCUGGCCCGCGUGCCAGCCGGCAGGAGGCCCGGCUAUGGGCCCGUCCACUCUCGGACCAGUUUAAUGGAGGCAGAACUCAUGGAUGCCGACUCUGACUUCUGAGAACGGAGGUUUUUCCCCGUGGUACACAGACAGUAAGCGAUCAAAGUGCUGGAUACUUUAUAAACUCUUGCUAAAGUGCCUAGAGGUCAACAGGAAACUUUUUAUAAUUCAAAGGGAAAAACAACGUGUUGUGAAUAAUUUAAGGAGAAAUAUUUUUUGUAUAUUUUAUUUUUGUCCAAUGGAUCCAAAUUCAAAGACAACUACGUGAGGACAAGAUGAACAAGGCAGCUAACCUGUACGAGGCUUGAACCACUGUGGAUGUGUUUAUUCUGAGGACGCCUCAGCUCAGACCCUGCUACCGGCACUAAACCACAUUAACCGUCACAGACAGAGUCUGCCUCAGAACCUGAGCGACAUCAACUAGGGCGUAAACUUGUGUUAUUUGAAGUCACAGUGCAGUAGAACCUCACUCACGCUUGGCUGCUCGUUCCCUGGUCGGUUCUUGUGUGUACAGUUAUGUUCAGAUACUAACCAUUACCCCCGUAGAUCAUUUACUUCAUUAUUAUUAAUAGUAGCACUAGUUGGUGCACAAUCAGAUAUUAAGUAUUACUCAGCUAACACAGUUCUUUUUUCGUUGCCAUUGUUGUGUCUGGAGGACGACCCACAGCAGUUAUUGACUGACUUUCCUUGUAUAUUACAGAAGGCUCCGUCUUCUGAGUAGUUUUUUUUACAGAAGCAUUUGUACUUUUGCUAAUCUGUUGUAUAUAUUCAGUCUGGGCUCCGCUUGUGUUGGUCCUACAUCACUGUCUGUCACUCUUUUUCUAACGUGUGUACUGUACAUAAGCUGUGUAUAGAUUCCUCAAUACGUUCAGCUCUAUAAUCAGAUCACGUGAUUACUCUGCUGAUGCGUUAUUAAAAGGGAAGAAUUGACUGUAACCGUUGUCAUGUAACCAAAACAUCACCCUGUACGUUCACCCUGCGCUCGCUGUGGAUAAAUGAUGCUGCCCACAUCCACAUAGUUAGCUUCUUAGCCGUUGAGAGAAUAUUUAUGGUAUUAGUUGUAUUCACCGCAUUGCUUUGCAGCAGCUGAUGUCCACGUAAAAAAGCUGUUUAAGAUAUUAAAUGAGGAUUAAUUUUAUGCCUUGUACAGUAACAGUCGUUUUGUUUGUGUAAGUACUCUGUGAACCUGUGCUUCGUCUUCCAGCUGUGUGAAAACCGUUCACUGACGCUUUUAUUAUGCAGCUCUGUUAUGUAAAUAAAAGUCUUCCUAAAUUUC